UACAAAAACAUAAUACAAUUGCUGUAAAAAUGUACACUAAAAAAUAAACUUUAAUUCGAUUCUAAUGAAGAUUCGUACGAUAGUUUGUAAAAUGAAAAACAAAGUCCAGUUAUAUCGAGUCGUUGUACGAUCAACAAACUAGAAUCUAAAAUGGCAACUUUACGAGGAAGAUGAUCGCGUCGUUAUUCAAUAUCUCCGUUCGCGUGUGUUGUACGUUUCUCGCGAAAUAUUUAUUGUAACGUUCGUUUAAUGCAUACAUUUUUUUUUGCCUGGUGGUAUUCUAUUAGAAUCGUUGAAUUGAAUUGUGAAAUUAACUGGCGCACUGUGAUAGAAGUAUGUAAUUCUAGUUAACCUUUUAACGACUCUUACCGUGUUUAUGUCGCCUAUAACUUCGAACGAUUAAAAAAUGAUAAAGGAUAUCUUAUCAGAAAUAAGGUGUGCUAAUCGAAACGAAUCAAAGGGAUGUCCAUACAUUGUACUAUGUAUCGGCUACCGAAUGCAUCAAUGUCAAUGUUUUUAACCGUGUGAAAUAGGCCUCGAUUAUAUAAACAUUUCAAUUGAAACACGUAUAGUGACAAAAAUCAUAUUUCGCUAAUAAUAUGGUGAUGGCAGGGAAUGAAAGUACCUCUGGAUCUUUGACGGAAGAUUCAAUGUCUACAAGAUUGCAAUGGCUUCGUCAACGUCGGGAAGCAUUACAAGAAAAGUUAACUCAAAAAAAUAACGAGCUUAAGAACUUGUGCGUCGAAGAAGCAGAGUUGACCGGUAUUCUGCCACCGGAGAUCCCGUUAGAGGCUGGAGAAAGUCCACCGAUAUUUAGAAGAAGAGUCGGAACCGCAUUUACAUACCCGCAGAAUUUAAUCAACAAACUAAAAACAAAUGAAGUUGAGGAGUCUGCCUUGGAAUUAGAACGACAAGUUCAAAUUGGUAUAGUGGAAGCCGCUUUAGGUAUCAUAAAUGAUCCUACGGAGAGCAAGGCAGUACGUCGUAAACACAGAUUAGUUUAUCAGCAAAGUCAGCGCAGGCUUCAAGAGUUAGAGGCGCGGUUAAAUUUCAUACGACAGAGCCGCAGUAAGACGCAUCACUCGACGCCGGUCCAACACUCUACAGUUUACAAUAAUCAGCCACAUUUAUACACGAAUGUAAAACAUAGAACAAAGAAACCUCGGCCGCCCUUGAAUGGCACAGCAAAUGACGCAAAUCAAAAGGUCACGAGAAGCUUGCUUCAGGAGGGUGGAAUAAGCUUAAGUCCAUUAGGAUCGGAGGAUAAGUGUAAUAUGUAUCCUAGCCACGGAUACGAUGAACAGUCGUUGAUACCCAAUUCAUGUAAUCACAAUCAUGUCGGUGCUUAUUGUCCCACGAUAUCCGAACAGCGACAAAAUAUCAAAAUAAUAGACCACGAUCAUAACGAUAACCAAAAUAUUUAUAUAUUACCAGACCAAUAUCGUACGCGAACAUAUUCUCACGGGAGCGGUGGUUCCCGUAGCCAGAAUCACUAUCAAGAGAACGAGCGAAUUUAUCGUCCUCUGCCAAAUACAUAUACCGAGGAAGAACGACAAAUACGGUGUCGUCAACUUCAGCAACAACAGCUCGAGGAGCAGACUCAUAAUUAUCAACAAUAUACCGAGUACAAACACUUGGACAAUGAUGUUCAACGAAGAUCUGGCCUGGACUAUUACGAGAGAGAUUAUCGUACGCUACAUUACAUGCACAUACCUGAAUUUCCAAUUUAUCAUAAAAAUAACUCGCAAUCGCAAUCGUUGCUGAGGCGGGAUCGUGAUUUCGGUGGAAGCAAAAAUCUACGAUACGCGGAUUCACCCAGUGAGACGCAAUUACCAUCGGGUUAUUGGAUGCGACACGAGGAUGAAAUUGUCUGGUGUACGGAUGAUCAAUCCGUUUCGGAUAGAUUUGGUAGCUUGGAUCGAAGGAAGCGUAAUGCGGUGCAACAUACUGUUAGUAUAGGCACUGAUAUGCAACCGCGGUAUCGUACAGUAUCCAUAGGAUGCAACAAAAAUUCUCCCUGCGUCGCCCCUCAUCAAAAUGCUUCCGUCCAUUUGCUUCCGUUGUCCGAGCAAUCAUCGACGAGCAAUAAAAUGUUACUUCGUACGCAAUCGUUGGGCAGCGUGGAGAAAUGGCAUUCGAAUCAUCUGCACGAGCUGCACGACAGCAAGGACACGACGGACAACGUUAGCCGCAAAGGAAGAGAGAAAGAAUGGUACGAGACUUCCUUGGAUUCGGGCGCGAGUCCUGGAUUGGACAUUGGUUUGGUAACGUCGCAUAAAAAUAUUCAUUAUCAAUCUACACUUCCCACGUGCUCCAAAACAUCGAACGUUAUCAACGGCGAAAAUGGGAAAAAUAAUUAUAUUCCUCUGACUAGCCAUCGUAAGACUGACGCGAUGACGACCGAAACCGAGCAACAUUUGCAACCGUUGUUGUCGACUCGAUAUGAACAGACACGGAAAAAGGUGCUCGAGAUUCCAGCGGAGUCGAAGUCGUCUCAAGAAACGAACGAGGAGACGAUUAGAUUAGGAUCGUCCCAGAAUUGCACGAUCGUUCAGGCUGGAAAAUAUCAACCGUAUAGAGAGGUGACGAAACCGUUCGAGAUGUCGGACUUUUAUAAGUACUCUACCAAGUUUCGCAAGAGAAACGAAACAGGUGGACAGAAUAUAUCGAACGAACCACAGGAUGAUUCUCGGGGGGCGCAUUGUACCGGAACGAACGCGGAUGUACACGGGGAGCCCGAUCCUUUGAAUACUUUACACAAUGGAUCGGUUGCUAGUUCGGUUCAAAAAAGAAUUUAUCAGCCUGUUCAACGGAUGACGUGUCAGCCGUACCUCGCGUCGUUAAGAUAAUUAUUUAUCUCUACAUGGAUCAUAGAGAAUCUAAGGGGUCGAGAUGAAAUAGACAUGAUAGGCUGGACCUGUCGGAAGACAAAUAUUCGCAAUCUGUUCUCUCGUUAUAACAGGUUGAAAUGCGAUAUAUUGACUGGAACAAUUUCUGCUAUGAGGUAGAAAUUUUAUAGCUAAAAAUAUUCUGAAACGAAUUACAAGUGCUUUACAUCCUUGUGCUUCUUUGUUUAAUUAAGAGAUAAUUAAUCCAAUAUUAUCAACGAUGUAGUUGUGGUCGUGAUAAAAGAUGUAACAUCUUUUCGAAAAUUCGACCCAGUAGCAUUCCAAAUUGUUUUGAGAAUCGACUUCAUUCGUAUCGAGACCUGAGUAGUGCCUUAUUUUAUUGAAAAAUUGUUAUCAAAAUUAUACAAGGAGAGAUUCUAGAUAAGACAUAGAAUCGCGUUAACUUAGACGAGUGGAGACAUUUAAAAGAGUAAUCAAAUGGUUUAAAAAACGAACUCCGGAGAGAGUUGUAGAUACAUGUUAUACUGCGUACGUAAUUCAUGAUCGCAAACUAUCAAAAGACUGUUUCGGUUCACGACAUAAAGUAUGAGUAAAUAUUUUUAUAAUUGACUUUAUAAUACAUUUACUAAUACGCGUUAAGACUUCUUUCGGGAGUUGAAAUUAUAUUUAAAGCAAAAAAAAUAAGACUGGUAAAAUAGUAAGUACCAGAGAAUAAAAGAUAUAUCAAUUAGUAUCAUCGAUACAGAAUGAUUCUGUGAAUUAUAUAUUUCAAUAUAUCAUUAUAUAUUCAUAGAGAUAUGUGACAGUUUUUUUUUUUCUUUUUUUUCUUUUUAAAUAAGUGUACUGCACAAUGUUUAUAUUAAGACAUAAGUAUAUGUAAAACUUCGUUAAUUUUGAG